UUUGGAUACACCCAGCAUUCUGUACAUAGCUCUUGCUAGCUUUACAUUGACACUUGCAUCAUUUACGGCACUGAAACUUUUAUUGCUCCGGCAUUAUCCUGGAAAUGCUGAAGGUUUUUUUUCCCUUUACUGUAUUCUCUCUUGUAUUACAGCUUGUCCUCCAUGCUGUCCUAGAUACGUUUGUUAUGGACUGGUAACAUUGAAGAAUAUGAGGAAUAUGAGGAAACCGGGUGUCUUUCUCUGUGCAUUAGUCAUCAUCUUCUUUAUGGGGGACGCAAUCUGAUAUGGACAGAUAACACUUCUAAACCUCCCUCGAAGAAUAUGAGGAACCGUGGCGUCUUUCUCGGUGUACUGGGCACCGCCGGCUUCAUAGGGUUUAUUAUCCAAAUUUUAUGGAGAGGCUCUUCCAUAGUGGACAGUCAUCCAGCUGCAUUGGAAACAACAUCUACACCAACAUCUCCACCAACAUCUCCAGUAAUCGGCCCGCAAAGUGAAGAACUCACCAAUCUUCUGAAGAUGAUUGAAUGGCCCCUGGCUCCAACCAACGUAUCCCUGGAAUUUUCCACCUACCCAAAGACUUCUGAAUACUUUAUAAUCAAUCCUCGGGCUACUUAUAUGAUUGGUGAAUCACUGGAGGUUCUAAUUAUUGCUAAGGACCACAAAGGACGGACAAAGAACUAUGGUGGAGAUUAUUUUCAUGUGAAGCUUCACUCUUUGAGUCUGAAAGCUGGAGUGAGCGGCUCUGUUACAGACCAUAAUAAUGGUUCCUAUACAGCAAGGUUUAUUCUUCAGUGGUCUGGAGAAACUAUGAUCUCUGUUAGACUCAUGCAUUCCAGUGAACUUAUUGCAAUUUUACAUCAGCAGAGGGAUACUCGACCAGACAAGGUGUUCUUUAAAGGCUACUUUGAGAAAAAUGGAAUUCGUGAAGUGGUCGAGUGCAAUUUCGAUCUACCUGGGCAGGACGUCUGUGAAUAUUAUGAUCGGCAGAAUCAAGAAAAGUGGGUGUGUCAACGGCCAAAAAAUCUCCCUUGUGACUCAUACCGGGACCACUCCUCGGGAGGAAACCGGAAAAUCCAAAGCGAAGAAGAGAAACCGUUCUUCUCAAUGUCACUGAUUGACCAAGAAAUCCCAUCAAACCUUGGAUCACUUAAUGUCUUACCUCUGAAGAAUGUCACAAAUGGUACAAAUGUUGCAUGUAUCGCUGGGCUAAAGAACCCAAACCCCUCAGGAUUCUAUUACCAAGAUGUCUGGAAAUCUCUGGUCUGCUCCAAUAAACACUUUGAUAAUCAUACUAUGGCAACAAAAUGCCUUGCUGGGAAGAUGGUCUACAUGUUCGGAGACUCUACAAUGCGACAGUGGUGGGAAUACCUUGUGGAUUUUAUACCAACUCUGAAGCAGAUCAAUCUUCACGUGAUUCACCACAAUCCAGGUCCGCUUCUAGCCACAGAUGCAGAAUUUAAUUAUUUGGUCCAGUGGAGAGCCCACCAGAAACCUUUACGCAUGGAACGUAGUGGAAUACAAGAACUACGCUACAUUUCCUCAGAGUUGGAUCGAUUGGGGAACCGGAAAGGGAUGAUCAUCGUGAUAACAUGCUGGAGCCACUUUCUUACUUACCCUGUUGGAGUAUAUAUCCAUAGGUUACAUCACAUUCGAGAAGCAGUAGUUCGACUGUUAGAGCGCAGCCCCGAAACAACGAUCCUCAUCAAAUCGGCCAACACUGGCUACCGGUUUGACCAUGGAAGUGACUGGUUAUCAGUGCAGCUGGACAUUUUGAUGAGAGCUAUGUUCUCGAAGCUACCGGUUACAGUUCUUGAUGUUUGGCAGAUGACCUCUUGCCACCGUGAACCGGAAAAUCUCCACCCUAUAAAAGUCAUUAUUAAAAAUGAGGUAGACUUGAUGCUUUCAUUUAUAUGUCCUCAUUAACAAUCAGUGGCAUGUUUCUAUAAUGUUUAUAGCACAUUAUUCAGUGGGAAGUCCAAGUCUAAGUAACACCUUCUAUAUAUAGAGGACAGAAAAUGUUAUGAACUGCUUUGGUUGAAGAUGGACAAAUCUACCGAGUAGAUAACUAAAUAUGUAGGCAAGUGUAAAGAAGACUACCACGGAUUGGACUGCAGCUUUUAUUUAUAUGCCUCUCAAUGUAAACUUAAUUGUUUGAUUAAAUUAAAUAUUGUAUUUUUCAUCUUA